UAUUAGAUAACCUAUACAAAGCUUAAAUUUUCUUAUUAAUUAAACUGAAAUUGUAAAUAAUUGUCCUCUAAUAUGACUAUAAUAGAUUAUGUAGGUGCGCUUUCCGAUAAUCCAUAUUUUGGUGCAGGCUUCGGUUUGUUUGGUCUUGGUGCAGGAGCAGCAAUUUUAAGGAAAAGUCUUCAAGGGUCUAUGAUACUCUUCCGAAGACAUUACAUGAUAACUCUGGAAGUACCAUGCAGAGAUAAAUCUUAUCAAUGGCUGUUACACUGGAUGACACAGAAAGGAGCAAGAUCUACACAACAUUUAAGUGUGGAAACUAGUUUUGAACAGAAAGACACAGGACACGUCAAAACAAAAUAUGAUUUUAUUCCAAGUAUAGGUACACACUUCUUCAGCUACAAAAACACAUGGAUCAGAGUGGAAAGAACAAGAGAACAACACACAUUGGAUUUGCAUAUGGGAGUUCCAUGGGAAACUGUCCAAUUAACUGCAUUUGGAAGAGACAAAUCUAUAUAUUUUAAUAUAUUAGAAGAAGCUAGACAAAUGGCAUUGAAAGCCCACGAAGGAAAGACGAUUAUGUACUCAGCGAUUGGAAGUGAAUGGAGGCCAUUGGGGCAUCCUAGAAAACGAAGACCAAUUAAUUCCGUAGUGUUAGAUUCUGGUAUUAGUGGACGCAUUCUUCAGGAUUGCAGAGAUUUUAUUUCGAAUCCGUCGUGGUACACAGAUAGAGGCAUUCCUUAUAGAAGAGGUUAUCUUCUGCAUGGUCCUCCGGGUUGUGGAAAAUCAUCUUUUAUAACGGCAUUAGCGGGAGAAUUGGAAUUUGGCAUUUGCGUUCUUAAUUUAUCCGAAAGGGGUUUAUCAGACGAUAGGUUAAAUCAUCUAUUGAGCGUGGCUCCGCAACAAGCAAUAAUACUUUUGGAAGAUAUAGACGCUGCAUUUUUAUCGCGAGAAGACACGAAGCAACAAAAAUCAGCGUUCGAGGGUUUGAAUCGUGUUACCUUCAGUGGUCUUUUAAAUUGUUUAGAUGGCGUUGCAAGUACCGAAGCAAGAAUCGUAUUUAUGACGACCAAUUAUUUGGAUAGAUUGGAUCCAGCUUUGAUUCGUCCUGGAAGAGUGGAUCUGAAGGAACACAUUGGUUGGUGUUCGCAAGAGCAAUUGGAACAAAUGUUCUUAAGGUUUUAUAAAACUGAAAAUUCUGGUAUAAAUGCUGCGAGUUUCGCUGAAAAAGUGGUAUCUUUCAACAAACCUGUCAGUCCAGCACAAGUGCAAGGAUAUUUUAUGUUCCAUAAACGGGCUUCCGAAGCGGAAGUUGUCGAAAACGUCAAAAUGCUCUGGGAAUUAUAAAAUGAAUAAACAACACUGUGAUUUUUUAUUUAUCAAAUAAGUUUUAAACAUUGCAACCAAAAUCUGUUAUUAUUUCUUCUGCUUUUUACCUCUCCCUCUUGAUUUUUUUGGUUUAUAUGGACCCAACUUUCGACGAACCAUUA